CACGUAUUUAUUUUGGAGUUGGGAGAGAUCGUCUGCUGCACACACACACAGCUGAGUCGGCUUUUUACCAGAAAUUCUGUGGAUAGUUCCUCAUUUGAAAAUGAUGCGCCGAAGGAGAAGCUCGUCUGACGAUGUUCAAAUUAUAGAUGAUUCUCCUCCAUCGUUUGUUGAUCUUACUGAAGAAUCUCCAGCCAGCACGUCCCGUGGAGGUCAAACAACUCGCUCUUCAUCUCGUCUCAUCUCCUCUGAGAUUGUUGAUCUCACAUGCACCGACACUCCGCCCGUCGUUCUCCAACCAGUGAGAUCAAGACGGACUAGACAUAUCAGACAGGCUCGGCUAAACAGUCCAUACUCCAGCAGUAGUGAUAUUACCAUUGACAGUGAUGGAGAGAAUGAGGUAGUACACAAUGAGAUCAUAGACUUACAGAUAUCGCCACCUGUCAGCGUUAAUAGAACCUUACCAUGGACUGAGCAUGCAGAGGAUAUGCCACCCACCGAGGAAAGUCCAUGUAGAAAAGAAGUCAAAUGCCCCGUCUGUAUGGAGAGUGAAACUCGGAUUCGUGCCAAUGGUCUACGGCUGACAUCAACAAUAUGCGGACACAUCUUCUGCAACCAGUGCAUCCGAAGUGCAAUAGGGAAUCAACACCGGUGCCCAACGUGUAGAACUAAGCUCACCAUGCGACAGAUUCACCCUAUAUUUCUAUGACGGCAGAGAAAAACCGGUAGUGUAUAGUGUCCCCCAAAAAGCAUUAAUUUCAUAAAAUUUUUGGAGUAAACACGUUUGUUUUCAAGUUUCAUUUCUGAAAAGAAAGAUUUAACUAUUUUUUUGUUCAAGACUUCAGAUGGAAAUUGUUCUGAAUCAUUUUUUAUUGGAUUCUUUAGAAUUUCUGUACACUUUGUACAAUGUGGCUUUGUACAUUCCAGGGCAUUUCCUGGCAGGCAAGAUACUGCACGGGCCACAUGGGAAAUUUUACAUUUCUCAUCCUACUUACCACCUUUAAGUUCACAAAUUAAAACAAAACUCCAGCUGUAAAGUUAUGCAAUUUACAGUACCCCUUUUUUUGUUCAUGGCAAAAGUUGAUGAAAGCGGUACGGUGCAAUCUGCAUGAAAAUGUGAGAUUUUAUGUGGUCUUUACGGAGGUAUGUAGGCCUACAAAACGUGACUGCCGGAACCCCAGGCUCUGUGGCUCCUUUUGUCAUGUUUGUAAACAUGUGAUGUCACAGUUUAAAUGAUCCAUACUGCCAAGGGUGUGUGACUUUGCUUUUUCGAAACUCUUUAAUUUUUUCGAACUAACUACCCUUUUCUAGUAAAAAAAUAUUUGUAUAAUAUAUAAAUAUAAAGCAAAAAUCUUAUUUUGUUUUAGAGGUUAUCAAGAGUAUGACCCCACCGAAAAAAAAAAAUCAAUUUUUAAGUUCAGAACAUGACCCUAACUAUGACCUUUUUCGUUGAAAGAGAAUCAUAUAAAAUGGCCGAUGGUGGCCGCAAUGGCAAUGUUGAACCAGCUGUUUGCAACUGCUAAGGCCACAUCUACUCAUAAUAGUUAUUGUCUUGACUCUCACUUGGUUGGAGGAGGUUCAAUUUUCUUCUCUCUCUUUUUCCUUUUUUCAAAACCUCAACAAGCUCAAAGGGAGCUUGAAGUACUUCAUUUUUUUUUUACGUAAUUUAACGCCUCUGAGCAUUAUUUAAUAACAGAUUUAGCGCUAUAUAAAUGCUUGUGAUUAUUAUUAUUGUUAUUACUAAUUACUCUGUGGUGCAAACCCUCAAUCAGAGCUCGACAAUGAGAUUAUAUAUGCAAACAUUGAUUUAUAAUUUAUGUUAAUUUAAGGUUUCUACCCUCAAAAUGCGGCUUCGUUGAAUGUCUGAAAACGGAAUGUCAACCAAACACACUCCAUGCACACUCUCAUAAUCAAGUGCAGUAAACCCAAAUGCAACGUACAGGGAGUAACAAUUUGUUACGGAGUGCAACAAGCGUGCAAAUCAUCAGACUUGAGCCUCAUGUACCACUAUGCAUUUUCUCUUGGAGUCGGCAAACCAAGCUAGGUCUUGUUUAUUAGAUUUUGUCAGGCUUUGAUUAUACUUACAGGAUGAUAAAUGGUCAACUAGACAAGGGGGAUCGGUCUUUAAUCUUGUGAUUUGUUAGGAUUGGAGAGGAAUUUCUCAUGACCCAUGUCACACUUCCACACAUAUAAGAUGAUAAAGUAUAUCGCCCAACAUUAUAUCAACACACUUGGGCUCAUUGCAGAAGUUGUUGCUCUUCGGGGUGUCGUGGCCGAGUGGAUAAGAGCACCAAACUCAAGCUCUGAUGCUUCUGUUCAGCAGAGUGUGGGUUCGAAU